UCGAUUUAUUUCAGAGAGAUUAAACGGAUAACAAGCUAUCUCGAAGGUGGUUUCUGUGAGGUGUAAUGAAAAAUUGUGGAUAAAAUGCAUUUCUUAUGUGUAGCAAGUGUUCUUUUAUUGAUUCAUGCUAAUCAAGCUCUAGAUGACAAUCUUGAUGGAAACUGCUACGUCGAAAAUAUAACUGAUAAUGAUUGGAACACUAGUUUGGACUUGCCCGAUCCUAUCAAAGACAACGAUACGCACAAAGUAAUUUUUAGUGAAACCUAUAAAAACAUAGAAAGACAUGGACCAUGUUACAACUACUUCUGUAUCAAACUGGAUAAGGAGAAAAAAUUGUUCACAAUUACUCCGUCAUCUAAUUUUUCACAAAUAGACCGCACAAACCAUGUAGUGAAUGGUAAUAGUGUUAGAAUAGUUUCAACAAUUGGUGUGACUUGCGCUGAUGGGAAAGAAAGAACCCUGACAUUUGCCAUAACUGUAAUUGAUAUAAACGAUUAUGACCCGGUAUUCCUAAAGAAUAGUUAUACUUAUACUAUGCCAAUGCCGAUGUCACCAAAGAACAGCAUCACAAACUUCGGGGAUGAAAUAAUAGUACAAGAUUUCGAUUUUUCCAAUCAGAAUAUAAUUUUCACUUCGGAUUUCGGAAGCGAACUCACGUAUGAAACGUCAUAUGUGCAGAAUUAUUCCUACAAAUUGCAAUUAGAGUUCAAUGGAGUGGAAAAGCUAACAGCAGAUCGGACCUUUCAACUUACAGCAACAGAUACCGGGGAUCCCCCUCGGCACAGUACUGUUCCGGUCACAUUCAAAAUUGACGAAAAGUUGAGUGAACCUCCUUCUUUUACUCAGCCCUCGUAUUUUUACGAUUAUAUUCUGGAGAAUACAACCCUAGUGGCAAGAAAUGGACAAAGCACCAAGUUGGCAGGCUCCAGAAGUGGACUACAAUGUGAUAUUCCAGAAGAUGCAUACUCUUCCUUUUUCAAUAUCGCUUUGAAUGGGGAAGAAGUGGAUCUAACCAUAAAAACACCCUUCAGCAAGGAAAUAAUAGCAGAAGGAAUUGUCCGAAUAACUGUAGAAUGCUAUGUUUCGAAAGAUGUAGGGGUCAGUGAAGCCGAUGUCAUUAUAAUAUUUCCCAAGAGUACCACUGAAGAAGUGAAAUUUUUGACAAAAAAAUAUACGGCUCACUAUGAAAUUAAUGGUGCCAAUCAUGAGAUAAAGAUGACAGAUACUAUUGAACUGACUGAGUCGGAUGCUGAUGUCGAUAUAAAAAUAGAGAAUGAACUAGAUGAAUACUUCGAAAUGGAAGUUAUUAGUGGUGGUUGGACCUUGGCAAAGAAAAAUAAUUUAGAUGAGAAAAUGUUGAAGAAUACAGAAAUCAACAUUAUCAUAACAUUAUCGAAGAAAGCUGAUGGUUCAUUUCUCGAUGAUGCUUUUAUAACAUUGUUUUUGCCGAAUGGAGAGGAAGGUGUUGACUUUACCCAAUCCUUCUUCACUGGAAAUUAUACAUUUGAUGAUGACGCUAAAGGCGCCAUGCCAACUAUCACUAUACCACUGAAUAAUAAAGAUUUUGACUUCGUUGAUUGUAAACUAGAAGACAGCGAAUAUAGUGAAUAUUUCAAUGCAAUUUGCGAUGAGUCAGGUAAUGUAGAAUUGAAUUUAGUCAAAAGCAUACCUAAGGAUCUGUUACAAAGGGAAACAGUUCCUCUCUCUUUGUAUGUGGAUUUGAAAUUAGGUGAAAUUCAGAGAAGAAUAAAGACUGCAAUUUUCUUGACUUUAUCAUAUGAAGGAAGCGAUCCAACUUCGUCAACCACAGACAAAUCAACAACGACAACGCCCACUGGAUCAACAACUGAAACCACACCAAAAACCGAUACAGACGACUGCAGUCACACAGGAUGGAUCAUAACCACAAUUGUGCUCCUCAUCAUUCUUAUUGCCUAUGUAAUCCUCACUGUUAUCUAUUAUUUUAAGAGGAUGAGGAACAGAACUGAAACUGACUUUUCAGAAGACUUUUCAGAACCCGUUAGAAGAAAAACCGUACAGAUGGUUGAACAACGUCCGUCUAAAAGGACAUCUGGAAAAUUCAAGGACGUUUCAACCAGAAGACCAACUGGUUUCAUCAGGUAUAAUCCCGACCAAGACAGGAAUUCUGUAGAUUCAGACUAUGGGGAUGCCCAAAAAGAGGUGAAUAACAACACUCAUGCGAACAGAUUCUUGGACCAACCAGAAGAGACGUCCAGAAAAAAUUCUGAUGUUGAUGACAGUGAUAAGAGAAGUAUAGGAUUCGCAAUACCUCCACCAAUGCCAGAACCCCUCACUCUAAACGAUGAACUGAAGAGGGCUGUUGAAGAAAGGGGAAACAGAUAUUGAUAUUGGCAUUUCGUCCUGUGAUUUUACUUUAGCUGAAUAAAAUAUUGUGAGCUUAUUAUAAGUAUAUGGAAUAA